GUGGGAUUGGAUGAGUCUCAAGAUGGACAACCGGGAUGUUGCAGGGAAGGCUAACCGGUGGUUCGGGGUGGCGCCCCCCAAGUCCGGGAAGAUGAGUAUGAAUAUACUGUACCAGGAAGAGCUCAUCGCUCAGAAGAAACGGGAAAUCGAAGCGAAAAUGGAACAGAAAGCCAAGCAGAAUCAGGUGGCCAGCACGCAGUCCCCGCAUCCCGCAGAAAUCGCAAAUGCACACAAUUCUUCCUCCAUUUCCAACAAGUUCGCCAACGACGGUAGCUUCUUGCAGCAGUUUCUGAAGUUGCAAAAGGCUCAGACCAGCCCAGACCCACCCCCCAGCGCCCCUCCCAGCACGCCGCCCCCCAGCACGGGCAAGAAGCCCCUUCUGCUCAGCAAACGGACGGGCCUGGGGCUGGGCAGCCAGCUGGGCCAGGUGAAGAGCUACUCACAUGCCAAACAGCUGCCCGUGGCGCAGCGCCCGAGCGUCUUCCAGUCUCCUGACGAGGACGAGGAGGAGGACUACGAGCAGUGGCUGGAGAUCAAAGUUUCACCCCCAGAGGGAGCCGAGACUCGCAACGUGAUAGAGAAACUGGCCCGCUUUGUGGCAGAAGGAGGCCCCGAGUUAGAGAAGGUGGCCAUGCAGGACUACAAGGACAACCCCGCGUUUGCAUUUUUACAUGAUAAGAAUAGCAGGGAAUUCCUCUACUACAGAAAGAAGGUGGCCGAGAUGAGGAAGGAAGCACAGAAGUCCCAGGCAGCUCCUCAGAAAGUUUCACCCCCAGAGGACGAAGAGGCCAAGAACCUUGCAGAAAAGUUGGCCAGGUUCAUAGCGGAUGGGGGUCCUGAGGUGGAAACCAUCGCCCUCCAGAACAACCGUGAGAACCAAGCAUUCAGCUUUCUGUACGAGCCUAACAGCCAGGGGUACAAAUACUACCGGCAGAAGCUGGAGGAGUUCCGAAAGGCCAGGGCAGGCUCCGCGGGCACGCCCACUGACCUGGACCUCAGCCUCAAGCGCAGGUCCCCUCCAGAGGCCCCCUCAGGGCCUUCACCCCUGCCCACCACCUGCCCCACCUUUCCUGCCCCCACGCCUGCUAGCGCCCCCUCUCCUGCUGUCCCUGGGAAACCAGCCUCCACCACCACCGUGAAGAGGAAGCGGAAGAGCCGGUGGGGGCCCGAAGAGGACAAAGUGGAGCUGCCGCCUGCCGAGCUGGUGCCGCGGGACGUGGACGCCGCUCCCUCGCCCCUGUCAGUUCAGGACCUCAAGGGGCUCGGGUACGAGAAGGGGAAGCCCGUGGGGCUGGUGGGCGUCACCGAGCUGUCAGAAGCGCAGAAGAAGCAGCUGAAGGAGCAGCAAGAGAUGCAGCAGAUGUACGACAUGAUCAUGCAGCACAAGCGGGCCAUGCAGGAUGUACAGCUGCUGUGGGAGAAGGCGCUGCAGCAGCACCAGCACGGCUACGACAGUGACGAGGAGGUGGACAGCGAGCUGGGCACCUGGGAGCACCAGCUGCGGCGCAUGGAGAUGGACAAGACACGGGAGUGGGCCGAGCAGCUGACGAAGAUGGGCCGGGGCAAGCACUUCAUCGGGGACUUCCUGCCCCCAGACGAGCUGGAGAGGUUCAUGGAGACCUUCAAGGCCCUGAAGGAGGGCCGCGAGCCCGACUACUCUGAGUACAAGGAGUUCAAGCUGACGGUGGAGAACAUCGGCUACCAGAUGCUCGUGAAGAUGGGCUGGAAGGAGGGCGAGGGGCUGGGCUCCGAGGGCCAGGGCAUCAAGAACCCGGUGAACAAGGGCACCACCACGGUGGACGGGGCCGGCUUCGGCAUCGACCGGCCGGCCGAGCUCUCCAAGGAGGACGACGAGUACGAGGCCUUCCGCAAGAGGAUGAUGCUGGCCUACCGCUUCCGGCCCAACCCCUUGAACAACCCCCGGCGGCCGUACUACUGAAGAGACGCGAGGCCUGCUUUCUCAACGGCCGUCCUUGGACUGUGGGAAGCUUUGGGCUGUGGUUCUGCCCGUUCCUCCUGUUGUCACUCGUGUCACAUGUGCAUUAAAGUCCCAGUGCUCACCCGCACCAGUGGCCUGCUCCCUGCCUGUACCACAAUCACCUGACCCUCAGUGAGGCCGGACGCUGCCU